CUAUUUGGCAAAGAAACCCUCCAAAAGCCAAACAUAGCUUUCCCAAAUGCUUAAAGUUGGCCUUUCCUACAUUUCCCUCUCCUUUCUCUCUCUCUCUAAAAUCCACUGCCUAUAAAGCUGUAAACUCAUCGUUUUGAUUGAUUUAAAGGGGCACUUUGGUGCCCAAUUGCUCACUUUCAGCUAUGGGAUUCUCUUCUACUCUUCUUCCCCAUUUUCCAGCUUCUUUUCGCCGCCAUUAUUUCAAGUUCUGUCCUCUUAGGGUCCAUGAAGGUCACAGGACAUUAUCUUUUGUAACAACAACAAAGUGCUGUGCUCUUCAUGGCACCAAUUCAAUUGUGGGAAAUAGGAAAUCCAGCAUCAACAGCAACGGGACACCUGAGCCUGCAACGGCUCUCUUGGAGAGGUUGUUUGUACAGACACAGAAACUGGAAGAACACAUGAUUGGGAAUUCUCAUUUUUUUCAAGAUGUUGAAUCAGACCUGAACCUUAAAGAUCUGGAGUCUGAUCUUGAGGCUGCACUGAAAACCUUAAAGAAGAAGGAGGAAGAUCUUCAAGAAGCGGAAAGAAUGGUGAUGUUGGAGCAUGCUGAAUUAAAUCAAGCAAGAGAGGAGUUAGAGGGCCGAGAGAAGGAAAUUGCAGCAGCCUGUUCCAAGCAGGAAGAAUUGGAGGAUGAGUUAAGGAAGGCUAAUCUGAAGUUAAUUUCUCAGGCAAGGUAUAUAGAAGAUCUGAAAUUAAAGUUGAAGGAAAGAGACCAGGAGGUUACUGCAGCGGAGUCUGCAUUGCUGUUGAAACAAGAUGAAAUUGAUAAAAUGAGGUGUGAAUUGACACAGAAAAAUGAAGAAGUUGCCAGGACUGAAGCUCAGCUUAUAGCAAAAGCUCAGCUCUUGAAUGAAGCCAAUGAUGUAGUGAAAAGACAAGAUAUUGAACUUCGGGAACUUCGUAAUUCCCUCCAAGGAAAGCAACAAGAGAUAGAAGAGUUGUUAAAUACAAAACAACUUGAAACAGAGAAGUUAAAAGACGCAGAGACCAAAUUGGAGAAGCAGACAAUGGAGUGGUUGCUAGCGCAGGAAGACCUAAAAAAACUUGGGGAGGAGGCAUCCAAGCACAUAGAAGAGAGUCAGGAAACUAUCAAAGAUUUUCAAAGAGUUAAAAGGCUUCUUGCUAAUGUGAGGUCUGAGUUGGUCUCAUCCCAAAAUUCCCUGGCUACCUCAAGACAGAAAAUGAAGGAGCAAGAGCUGGUGCUGGAGAAGCAACUGCUGGAACUUGAAGAGCAAAAGGAAACUAUUGUGUCUUACAUGAGUAGCCUGAAAAGUGCCCAAGCAGAAAUAGAAAGUGAAAGAGCAAAGCUUAGAGUUGCAGAGGCCCAGAAUAAGGAAUUUGAGCUGGAUCUAUCAUUGAAGAGGGACCUAUUGCGUGAUCUACAGGGGGGAUUAAAUAAGGAGAAGUAUUCUUUGCAAAAAGCAAUCAAGGAAGUGUCUUCUCUCCGAGAGGAUCUGAACAAGAAGAACAGUGAAUUUGAGAAAACAAAUAGUCUCUUGGAGGUUAAGGAAAAAGAAUUGGUGGAUGCUAAACUAGAAAUUCAGCACUUAAUAUCUGAACAGAAGUCCCUCCAGCUCACAUUGCAAGAGAGAGAUUUGGAGCUCAGUACUGCUAAGAAGAGAUUAGAGGAGGUGAAUGCUGAGGUAGCAGAACUAAAAAUGCUCUUGAAUAUGAAGGAAGACCAGCUUAUCCUAGCCACUGGCAUGCUUAAAGAAAAAGACGAUUACACUGAGGCAAUGCAGCAUGAGCUGGUUAAUGCAAGACUGAAGGCUUCUGAAGCUGAAACUGUGGUUGGAAGAAUCGUAGAUCUCACUAAUAAAUUGGUAAUAUCCACAAAUGACGACGAAGCAAGAGACUUGGGUGAGUAUCCAUCUCAAUUGUUUGGAAAACCCGUGGAGGAUUUUAGGUUGCAGAAGACACAACUAGAGGCUGAACUUGAGUUGACUAAAGAGAACCUUAAGGUAAGGGAGAUGGAACUACUGGGUGCACAGAGGGAACUUGCAAUCAAGGAGGAGGAGCUGGAAAAGGUCAUUCAAAGUUUAGAAGUAAAGGACAGAGAACUGAAAGAAUUGAAAGAGGAAGGGCUUAGAGAUGCUGAUAGUUUGAAGACGCUCUCAACCAUGGCAAAGGAGAGUGCUGGACAACAGAAUGUAGAUGACUUUGCAAUUGAGAAGCUUCAACUGGAAGCUGCUCAGCUCGAAGUCGAGGCUGCAACUAGUGCUCUGCAUAAACUUGCAGAACUUAGCAGAGAGCUACUUCAUAAAGCUAGCUUGAGCUUUGAUGCUGAUCACGAUGUAAAUGUAUUUCCACAAAAUGACUCUGGACCUAAAUUGCACUUGAUUGAAGAUAGUGUACCCCUACAACAUGGGUUUGACUCCGACUCAGAUACAGUUAAAAGUAAUGAGUGCAUAACAGAGAUUAAAACUGAAGUUGCCCGUCUUUCAGCUUUAACAGAAAGGCCUGCCUUGAUUAGCUGCAAGGGAAUUUAAGCAAACCGUUGCUUCGUCUGCUACCUUGUUAACAAUGAAGUCUGAAGCCUCUAGAAAUUGUUGCUUUCUAACCAAAACCAAAGUGCACCACUAAGUGUGUAAAUUAGUCGCGAUUUACUUGGUGAUAUUGGUGAAAAUUGUAAAGAGGAAUGGUUGUCAUUGCUAUCUACUUUGCUACAAUGCUUUAAUAAAUUUGAGAGAAGUAGCAGGGAUUAUAGAUGAGAGUAAGUGUAACGUCUAUGCAAAUAUGCGCAUAUGUUUGGGCGCAAAUGUAUUAUAUGCUUCUCCUCUAUCCUAGCUUUGUUUGGGCUACAGGAUGACUUUACGAAUGCAUGCAGCUUAAUGUUGGUGAAAAGUAAUUAAGGUUAGCAGAUACAAAUUAACAACUGAACCAUCAGAGUUUCGAAACAAUGAAUCCUGAUAUGGUCACCUGAUUAUGCUGGGCUCGGAGAGUCUUAUGUUUUGGUCAUGCUAGUCUGCUAGAUGCCACGAUGUGUUGAGCUUCUUGUUGGGUUUUCUUUGUUUCUUAGGUGGUCAUCAAUGUACUGUAUGUGACUGAAUUUGAUUUGAUCUGGUUUUUA